GCAGGGGGCAGCAGCUCGCUUCGCUCCGUCUGUUUGUUUCUGUCCGUAGAAGAAGAAGCUGGAGGUUUGUGUGCACACAGAAUGAGCCACCGAGCUGCAGAGAAUCGGUCUUUUAUUCAAUAAUUCAAGGCGCAUUUCAAACUUUAAGCAAAGUGCCUGAAAGUUGGUGUUGUGCCUCCACCGGACGCUGCUGGAGCCUCUCUGCGGGAGGAGAUGUACCGCGGCCGGCCUCCGCCGAGAGGAGGCUACCCGCCGCCUUUCGAAGGCCGAGGCCCGCCGCCGCCGAGGCCUUACCCGGCACCGGGCUACAGAGACGACCGGAGCCGGCCCAGGCCUCCCUACCACCCCGGAUACCACGACCACGGUCCGCCGGACUCCUACCGCCGCUCCCCGCCGCGCAGGAGGUACCCUUCCCCCGGGCCAGGGGGCCACCGGGGCGGGGAGUACUGGGCCGGGGCUCCGCAGAGAGAGAGGUCUCCGUCACCUCGUGGACCGGGUCCAAUCGACCACAACCUUGUCAUCACCGUCGGCAAUGAGCUGAUCGGACCGUCUGGCCCCGCCCCCUCUCGACAUCAUGACAGAGACUACCCUCCUCGACCCGAGUACGAGCGGAGCAGGAGCCGGGGCCGCAGCAGACCCGGCAGCCGGAGUCCGGACCGGAGCCGGGCCAAGAGCCGGGGCCGGAGCAAGAGUCGAGCGAGGAGCAAGAGCCGGGCGCGGAGUAAGAGCCGGCACCGGAGCCAGAGCCGCAGUCCGGACCGGAGCCGGGCCAAGAGCCGGGGCCGGAGCAGGAGCCGUACUCCGGACCGGAGCAGGGCCAAGAGCCGGGGCCGGAGCAGGAGCCGCAGUCCGGACCGGAGCCGGGCCAAGAGCCGGGGCCGGAGCAAGAGCCGUCCACGCAGCAGGUCCAGGUCCAGGUCACGGGGGCGGAGCUACAACGCCGCGGCGAGCCACGGCCGCAGUAAGAGCCGGCAGAGGAGUCGCAGCGUGAGCAGCAGCAGCAGAUCGAGCUCCAGCAGCGACGGGGACAUCGGCGGGAAAUCCACCAAAGAGUUCCAGGAGCUGCAGACGGCUCGGCGCAGGAAGGAGCUGGAGGAGAUGCUGAGUCUGCCGACAAAGUCCAUCCUGAAGAGACGCAACGACUCGGAGGACUCGCCGUCGCUCAGGGCGGCGGACUCUCCUCGAGGUCCGGAGGGCUCCAACAUGUCCCGGGUGGCCGACCAGCUGCUGCAGGCUGUUAAAGGCAUGGAGCCUCACAUGGUGGCGUCCAUGCUGUCGGAGCUGCGGUCCGACCCGCAGAUGGCUCACCGCGCCGGCCUCGACGCCGAGAUCAAAGAGAUCCUCCACCUGCUGGGCGGGGCCAAAGCUCAGGAGAAGACCGCCGACGACAUCGACGACGAGGAGAAGUUCCUGUACGGAGACUCGGAGGACCCCAAACCUCCGCCGGCGUCGGAGCCGCUGCGACACCAGGCGCUGGACCUGUACGGAGACGUGACGGAGGAGGCGCUGUACGGAGACUACCCGCCACAGAAAGCCAUGAUGGCCCAGACGUACGGCCUCCCGCCGGGGGCCUCGCCGCACCUCCAGGCCCCGCCCACCAUGGGCGAGGUGGACGUGAGGUACGCGGGGCGACCCUCCAUCAGCCCCGACCAGAACAUCACCGUCCAGGUGCCGGACCCCCACUUCCUGCCGGGGACGGAGCCGCUGGGGGAGGGCGAGCGCCAGGCGCUGGAGGAGUACGAGAAGAUCCAGGACCUGCUGAAGACCAUCGGCCUGGACCUGGGCGUGUCCGAGAUCAGCAAGAUGGCGGCCAGGACCAAGGAGCGUCUCCAGGGAAGCAAGCCGCCGCCGAAGACGCCCACGCGCCAAAGGCGGUACUCCUCCGACAGCUCCAACGGCAGCCGCGGCCGCAGGAGGCGGAGCCACAGCGACAGCUCCAGCAGCAGCAGCCGGAGCCGCAGCCGGGGCCGCGGGGGCAGCUGGAGCAGCGAGGACCGCAGGAAGCCCGCCAAGCCGUACAAAGACGCCAACGAGUCCACCGCCGAGCAGAAGGCCGCCGCGCCGCCGCCACAUAACGAGCCGCCGCCACAAACCCCCGACCCCAACGUCCCCCCUCACCCCGGGGUGCCCAUACCCACCUACCCCCCCACACAGGUCCACGGCAUGAUGGCGCCCAGCUUCCCGCCGCCGGGCUACGGCCAGUACGGGAACUACCUGCCCUACAUGCACCAGCAGUGGCCGCCCAUGUACCCGCCGCCCGCCAUGGGCCUGCCCCCCCGCACCGGCCCCGACGACUUCCCGCCCACGCUGCCCUACAAGCACGCCUACAACAAACCGCCGCCGGAGCCGCCGGCCAAAGGUUCGGGGAAGAGUUCGGCUCCGGAGGGCGAGAAGGUCAAAGCGAGCGGCCACGAGCGGAGAGUCUCCGAGGAGCAGAACAACGAGAGCCAGAAACAAAAGGUCCUGGAGGAGCGAGAGAAGCUGAAGCAGGAGCGAGAGGUGAGGAUGAAGAAGAAGGAGUAUCUGAUGAAGGAGCUGGAGAGACUCCGCAAGCAACAAGGCGAGCUGCUGAGGAAGAAGCGGCGAGAGAAGGACGGCCACAAAGACCCUCUGCUGCAGGAGAUCAGCCACCUGCAGGAGGAGGUGAUGGCUCAGAUCUCCAGCCUGCGUAAAGAGCACGAGGCGGCCGAGAAGAAACGCAACGAGAUCGAGAAGAUCGCGCUCAUCCUCGGCCUGCUGCCGUCCGACCGGCCCCGCAGGCCCGCCAAACCGCUCGACGACCACGACCACGAGGACGAGCCGACGCCGCCUCCGCCGCCAGAGAAGAAGAAGCGUGAGCCGGAGCAGAGCCCUGAGGGACGCCCGGCGCCCUGCAGCUCCAGCACUAAGCAGACGUCAGCGGCGCCGCCACCGCCGGGAGCGUCCCCGGACGAGCCGCCCGCCGGCGCCACGGCUCGGCCUCUGACCCCGCCCCUGGAGCCGUUUGAAUACUAUGACGCUGGAAACCACUGGUGCAAAAACUGUAACGUCACCUCUGGUUCCAUGUUUGAUUUUUUCACGCACUUGCACAGCAAAACGCACCGAAAGACCCUGAACCCGUACGACCGGCCGUGGGCCUCCACUCCCACCAAGAUCGGGAAGAACCUGCCGUCGGAGGAGAAGCUGACCAAACCGGCCAAAGGUUCGGAGUUCCUGCUGCCCGUCAGAGGAUUCUUCUGCCUGCUGUGUAAACAGUUUUAUGGAGACGCCAUCUGUGCAGAAGAGCACGUCACCACUCACGCUCACAACGAGAAGUACAAGAAACAAAUGUACGAGAACCCUCUGUACGAACAGAGGAGGAACCUGGACCGCCAGGCCGGACUGGCCUCCGAGAACAGCGGGAAGAAACGCAAACACGAGGAGGACGAGAAAGGCAACAAGGAGGAUAAGUCCAAACACAAAAAGGAGAAAAAAGACAAGGAGAGGAAGAAGGAAGAGGACGAUGCUGUUCAGAAGGACAACAUAAAAAAGGAGGAAGGGGACGAGGACAAGCUGAAGCCCAACAAGAAAGAGGAGGAUUUUAAAAAUGCCAAAAGCCUGGACGAGGAGAAACCUUCUUAUAGUAAAAAAGACGAGGAAGAAAAGUAUAAAUGUCCCAAGAAGGAUGAUAAAUACCGCCACAGCAGGGAGGAGGAGGAGAGGGCUAAAUACAGCAGGAGGGACGAGGACGACCGAUAUAAAUACAGCAGAGAAGACGAAUACCGGUACCGCUACCGGAGGGACGAGGACGGCCGAUACGACGACCGCCCCAAGUACGGGCCGAGAGACGACGAGUAUAAAUAUGGUAAAUAUUCAGAUUCCAGAUCCAAAUACGACCGCGAUCGAGACGAAGCAAGACUUAAGGCUGAGAAGCAAGCACCGAAAAAGCCCGAGCCAGCAAAACCAUCAGGGAAACCGGAGGUCAUCAGGCCCGAACUGCCGCCAAAGCCCCACGACCCGCCAAAAGUCCUCUGUGGACCCAGUCCGGCCAUGAGAGCAAAGCUCCGGAAGCAGAGCCUGGAAACCGGCAAACCGGCGCCGGUGGCCACCACCCCCCCGACCCCAUCGUUCGGAAAGUUCACGUGGAAGAAGCGGGAGAAUGUCCUGGCCAAGGAGGCGGAGAAAGUGGCGGCGGAGUUCAUCAAGGAUGACGAAGAGGCAGCGAAGCAGAACCCGGUCUCAGUGGAGGACUCUUUCGCCAAGUCUGUGGCCGUGGCGAAGGAGAUUGCUGAGAAGCUGGGCGGGCGUCCCACCGGCGUUCCUCCCUGGGUGUCCAACGGCUCCAGGCGGGGAAGGAUCCGGCCCAACCUCCCUGCGCCUGCCGCAGUCCUGAGGAAAACCGCCAUGAUGGGUAAACCUGCACCUCUGAAUACCUUCCUGUCCAUCCGGCCUCAGAACCCAGGUUUGGUUGGAGCUGAUGGUCUCACAAGAGCUCUGAACGCUCAGAACGCACUGCUGGAAGAUAAACCUGAGCCGCCAGUUGGUGCUCCCAAACCAUUUGAGGCUAUGCCUGCACCUGCACCAUUUGAGGCUAAUCCUCCUCCGGGGGUGUCAACACCUGCCCCUUUUGAAGCUAAACCUCCACCAGUGGUGUCGAUGCCUGCACCACCACCAACUGUGUCGAGACCUGCACCUUAUGGGGCGAACCCUCCAACGGUGGUGUCUAAACCUGCACCGUUUGAGGUUAAUCCUGCCCCUCCAGUUUACAAUCCUGCACCACCAGGUUGUAGUCCUGCUCCACUUGGUCGUAGUCCUGCUCCACCGGGUUGUAGUCCUGCUCCCCCUGGUCGUAGUCCUGCUCCACCUGGUUGUAGUCCUGCUCCACCGGGUUGUAGUCUUGCUCCACCGGGUUGUAGUCCUGCACCACCUGGUUGUAGUCCUGCUCCACCGGGUUGUAGUCCUGCACCACCGGGUUGUAGUCCUGCUCCACUUGGUCGUAGUCCUGCUCCACUUGGUCGUAGUCCUGCUCCACCUGGUUGUAGUCCUGCUCCACUUGGUCGUAGUCCUGCACCACCAGGUUGUAGUCCUGCUCCACCGGGUUGUAGUCCUGCCCCGCAAGUUUACAGUCCAGCCCCACUGGUUUGUAAUCCUGCCCCACCUGUUUCUAAACCUGCACCAGUUAAGGCUGCCCCUGCUCCAUCUGUUUCUAAACCUGCACAACCAACAAUGAUAAAGAUCGUGUCUGAUGUCGCAGCUCCCGGCGUCCCGGAGAGCGAGCAAACCCGCACGGUGUUUGUCAAGCCGCCACCUUUCAUGAACAGGGGCGAUGGAGCUCAGAAGUCUGAGAAACUGAAGAGUAACCUGGCUGCAGCCAAGGCCAAGGACUUGUUUGACAUCUUUUACAGUCAGGACAGCCAAUCGGGCGCCUCCUCCGUCACCAAACCAGCAACAGACUCCAGAGUUGACGGGAGCAACACCAAUAAAAGUCAGCUUCCCUCCCCACAAGGACCAAAACCACCUCAGCAUCAGCGUCUAACUGAGUCCCAACCCCCAACUGUGGUACCUCAAGCGCCCAAACUAGACUCUCCAAGUACCCAAACCCAGCCAGAAUCAGACAUUCAGAUUGCAUCUGUCUGGUCUUUGCAGAACGCCGCAAGUCCACCACGCGACGUUGCUCCAUCUGAAACAAAACCAAAACUUGAUCCACCUAAAGCUCAGAGUGCACCCCCAAAAAUCCAGUCCCCGACUUUUGCAUCCGAGUCCCAAAUUGCCCCACAAACUGAGCCAGCCGCACCUCAAACUGAGUCCCAGCCUAAUCCGGCUCCUCAAAUCCAAACAGAACCCCAGACAGACCAGGACCCCCAGCCCCAUCCAGAGACCCAUCUUGACACCACUCCAGAACCUGAUCGCAAACCAAGCCCCAAAACUCGGGGCAAGGGGACUCCGACCAAGAGGACCCCUCCUGCCACGCGCCCUGUCCGACAAACCAGAUCCCAAACCAGAUACCAGACCCGGCAGCAGCAGCAGAGCCAGCCCGAGGCCGGUUCGGAAGAGUCUGACUCGGCGGCUACAGACCCAAAGGGGCUGAACACGUCGGAUUCUGGCUCGGCGGAGGGGGCGCCCAGCGAGGAGGACAAUCAGGCGGAGGUCACGCCUGAAACCUUGGGCCUCCCCUCCGACAUGACCUCUCUGAACUUUGAUUACGAUUUUAACUUUGAGUAGGGGCGGACCGGACUCUGUAGACCCCCUCAUGUCUCCAGCAGGUCUUUGAUCAAUAAUUUACUGGACUUGAAGGCAGCUGGUGAGAGACUCUGACGGACUUAAGACUCAUAAGUUGCUGACCUUCAUCAGUAAAGGACCGGUUUGGUGAAACCUUCUCCGAAUUCUCCAGAGUCUCAUGUUUACGAUGGAUAUCAGUUUCUACACCUGCGAGCUUCUAUUUAAAACUCCCAUAAAGACAAAACAGAUGUGGGAAUAUUUCCUUAAAUCCUAAAAAGCCUUUGAGUUACAUCAUGUCGUCAAAAAGUUCUUGUGUUCAGGUCAUUUUAAGGCGUUAAAAGCCACUUAAUGGGGCAAGAAAGCUAAAAAAAAAAAUCACAAAAUGUUUCACAUGUUCCUCUGAUUGUUUCUUCUUCUGCGUCUAAAGUUACACAAAUAUUCACGUUUUGUUCAGAAAACCACAUAAAUCUGGAACUUUAGUCUCAUUUAAAGGGUUUACAGGUGAAAACGGUUUCCUGAAAGAGUUGAAUGAACUGAUAUCCAGCGUGUCGGCGGACUCUGUAGACUAAAUGUUGAACUGUUCCUUUAAAGAUCACGUUUCCUCCUGCAGGUAAAGGCCUGUUGUUGUUGUUUUUCUUCUUGUUUUCUACUCGAGUUUAUUUUUUUCCUCCUUUUAAAAAGACAACGAGUGAAAUGAAUAUUAAAAAAAAGUCGGACCAAAAGCGUCUCGGUCGGUUCAGGUUGUUGACUGAAGAUCCGGGAGUCGGCAGCAGGUUUGUGUCGGAUCAGAAAGAAACUGCUCGUUAAACUCGUUAAAUCUGUCGCCACAAGUAGUUUUAAUAAAAGUUAGUGGAGAAACGG